GUGCCGGCUCAUUUUCGUUCCAACUGGGCAUCAUAUCAGGUGGAAGCUUUGGUGCUGCUCGUUUUGGCAAUUUACAUGCUGAAUUAUGCAGUGGGUCGUGCCAAGAAUCAGAGCAUUGCGAACAAAUGGUUUAUGGAUGUUACGCCGCUUCUCGAGGAGCAGUUUACGCUUGUCGGAGACGAUGGCACAUCCGAGAAUUGUCGAGAGGGCCAUAUGCAUAAAGAAACAGACUCUGUCUACACGAUCUGGUGCUCUGGUCGACUUGGCUGCCAGGGAAUGUUAAUUACGCUGAAACUGCGCAAGCGCCAAGAUCUUAUCAAUGUUAUCAUGAAUCUCGUCCGCCCUAAACAAGAUAAGGUUGUUAUCCGGAUUAAUGUGGAUAGCAAUGAAAUGGACUCAUUUGUUUUUGCGGUGGGACAACGCAAAUCGGUGGUC